GAGACAAGUAACCAGAAGGGGUGACAACAGAGACGCAACUCCACAGCGGUCUGCAAGAGAGAGCACAGCGAGGUGGCUUUGAUGCGUCUAAAGGAAACGUCUCUCAGCAUGGAGGCUCUACUCCUGCUGCUGAUGGUUCUACACACCCCUCCAGCCACGGCAGUCCAAGAGAGUGACCCGUGUGACAGCUACACUGAGCUGAAUGACCCCAGGAGGGCCACCACCAACCUGGACCAAUCACAGCUCAGGUGUGACAAGAAUGUCCAGUGGCAAGGCUGGUACCGAAUGGUCUACCAGGGGGUGAGUGGGCGGAUGCCCAACACGUGUGUGCCCAAGGAGCGCUGUGGCACCCACGCACCCCUCUGGCUGAACGGCUCUCACCCUCGCCCAGAGGAUGGCAUCGUCACCAGGCAGGUGUGUGGGCACUGGGAUGACGACUGCUGUGAUUACAAACCUCCACCCAUCCAGGUGAAGGCGUGUCCAGGAAACUACACCGUUUACAAACUCGUGGAUCCUGAGAACUGUUCUUUGGCCUACUGUGCAGACUUCCCUGUACCAACUCGAGCUCCAAGAAACUCAAUCCAAGAGAGUGACCCGUGUCACAACUACGCUGAGCUGAAUGACACCUGGAGGGCCACCACCAACCUGGACCGAUUACGCAGAUGUGAUCGUGAUAUCCAGUGGCAAGGCUGGUACCGGAUGUUCUACCAGGGGGUGAGUGUUGGCAUGUCCCAGACCUGCAUCCCUCCGUAUCGCUGUGGCACCAGAGGUCCCCUCUGGCUGAACGGGGCUCACCCUCGCCCAGAGGAUGGCAUCGUCACCAGGCAGGUGUGUGGGUCCUGGGGUGACAACUGCUAUGUCAAACAACCAUCCAUCCAGGUGAAGGCAUGUCCAGGAGGCUACACUGUUUACAAACUCGUGGCUCCUAGGGGAUGCUCUUGGGCGUACUGUGCAGACGUCUCUCUACUGACUCAAGCUCCAACAACCUCAACUCAAACCCCAACAACCUCAACUCCAGCUCCAACUACUUCAAUCCAAGAGAGUGACCCAUGUUACAACUACACUGAGCUGAAUGACACCUGGAGGGCCACCACCAACCUGGACAGCUCUUCGCCUAAAUCCGACAAUAGUGUCCAGUGGCAAGGCUGGUACCGAAUGUUCUACCAGGGGGUGAGUGUUGGCAUGCCCGAGACAUGCAUCCCUAUGAAGAGAUGUGGCACCUACGUAGCCCUCAGGCUGAACGGGGCUCACCCUCGCCCAGAGGAUGGCAUCGUCACCAGGCAGGUGUGUGGGUCAUCGGGUAGCGACUGCUGCCAUCACAAACCACCAUCCAUCCAGGUGAAGGCGUGUCCAGGAGGCUACACUGUUUACAAACUCGUGAAACCUUCUGUCUCUCCUGCGGCGUACUGUGCAGAGGCCGAGACAUAUUUCCAACAGCGGUUGAAGCUGAAGAUGGUGUUCCUGAGAGAGCCCUCCCCCGCUGAGAUGGAGCAGCUCACCUUACAGAUCAGGGAGAGGCUGAUUCAGAUGGGCUACCCGAAUGACACCAAGGUCAAGAUGGGACAGCACAGCGAGGUGGCUUUGAUGCGUCUAAAGGAGACGUCUCUCAGCAUGGAGGCUCUACUCCUGCUGCUGAUGGCUCAGAUCCUCACUGAUGUUAAUGCCCAGGAAUCUGAAGCUUUUGACUCUCUCCACUGCUGCACUCCCGAUGUGAAUGGGUGCGUGUUCUUCUCCCUGCAGCCGCCUGUAAUCCACUAUCAGCUCCUUGGUCUUUGCUACAUUGAGCAGCAGACUGUUAUCCUGACACCAAGAUGUCAUUGCUGCCACCUCUGCUCUGUAGGCACACUCAUCACCAUUCUUGAUGCAGCCGAUUAUGGUGGUGUCAUCAGCAAACUUAAUGAUGGUGUUGGAGCUAGGCUGAGGCAGAUGGCAGAGGUGGAGGCGGAGGCCAAUGGCGGAGGCUGGCAUGCACGGCAGAGGCUGAGGCAGAUGGCAGAGGCGGAGGCCGAUGCCACGGCAGUCCAAGAGAGUGACCCGUGUGACAGCUACACUGAGCUGAAUGACCCCUGGAGGGCCACCACCAACCUGGACCAAUCACAGCUCAGGUGCGACAGUAGUGUCCAGUGGCAAGGCUGGUACCGAAUGGUCUACCAGGGGGUGAGUGGGCGGAUGCCAAACACGUGUGUGCCCAAGGAGCGCUGUGGCACCCACGCACCCCUCUGGCUGAACGGCUCUCACCCUCGCCCAGAGGAUGGCAUCGUCACCAGGCAGGUGUGUGGGCACUGGGAUGACGACUGCUGUGAUUACAAACCUCCACCCAUCCAGGUGAAGGCGUGUCCAGGAAACUACACCGUUUACAAACUCGUGGAUCCUCAGAACUGUUCUUUGGCCUACUGCGCAGUCCAAGAGAGUGACCCGUGUGACAACUACACUGAGCUGAAUGACACCUGGAGGGCCACCACCAACCUGGACCGAUCACCAAUCAGGUGCGACCAGAAUGUGCAGUGGCAAGGCUGGUACCGAAUGUUCUACCAGGGGGUGAGUGUUGACAUGCCCGAGACCUGCGUCCCUCCGUAUCGCUGUGGCACCGCUGCACCCAUGUGGCUGAACGGCUCUCACCCUCGCCCAGAGGAUGGCAUCGUCACCAGGCAGGUGUGUGGCCACUGGGAUGACGACUGCUGCAAUUUCAAACCACCAUCCAUCCAGGUGAAGGCGUGUCCAGGAGGCUACACUGUUUACAAACUCGUGGCUCCCAAUAUCUGUAAUGCGGCGUACUGUGCAGGUAAAGCGCUCUACUGGGUUUACUAUAGUGUGGGGGUGGAUAUCCUCAUACAUAGUGUGGGGGUGGAUAUCCUCAUAUAUAGUGUGGGGGUGGAUAUCCUCAUAUAUAUUGUGGGGGUGGAUAUCCUCAUAUAUAGUGUGGGGGUGGAUAUCCUCAUACAUAGUGUGGGGGUGGAUAUCCUCAUAUAUAGUGUGGGGGUGGAUAUCCUCAUACAUAGUGUGGGGGUGGAUAUCCUCAUACAUAGUGUGGGGGUGGAUAUCCUCAUAUAUAGUGUGGGGGUGGAUAUCCUCAUAUAUAGUGUGGGGGUGGAUAUCCUCAUACAUAGUGUGGGGGUGGAUAUCCUCAUACAUAGUGUGGGGGUGGAUAUCCUCAUACAUAGUGUGGGGGUGGAUAUCCUCAUAUAUAGUGUGGGGGUGGAUAUCCUCAUACAUAGUGUGGGGGUGGAUAUCCUCAUAUAUAGUGUGGGGGUGGAUAUCCUCAUAUAUAGUGUGGGGGUGGAUAUCCUCAUAUAUAGUGUGGGGGUGGAUAUCCUCAUAUAUAGUGUGGGGGUGGAUAUCCUCAUAUAUAUCCAAGAGAGUGAACCAUGUGACAGCUACACUGAGCUGAAUGACCCCUGGAGGGCCACCACCAACCUGGACCAAUCACAGCUCAGGUGCGACAGUAGUGUCCAAUGGCAAGGCUGGUACCGAAUGUUCUACCAGGGGGUGAGCGUUGGCAUGCCCGAGACCUGCGUCCCUAUGAUGAGAUGUGGCACCUACGUAGCCCUCUGGCUGAACGGGGCUCACCCUCGCCCAGAGGAUGGCAUCGUCACCAGGCAGGUGUGUGGGUCAUCGGGUGGCGACUGCUGCCAUUACAAACCACCACCCAUCCAGGUGAAGGCAUGUCCAGGAGGCUACACUGUUUACAAACUCGUGAAACCUUCUGUCUCUCCUGCGGCAUACUGUGCAGAGGCCGAGACAUAUUUCCAACAGCGGUUGAAGCUGAAGAUGGUGUUCCUGAGAGAGCCCUCCCCCGCUGAGAUGGAGCAGCUCACCUUACAGAUCAGGGAGAAGCUGAUUCAGAUGGGCUACCCGAAUGACACCAAGGUCAAGAUGGUGUGA